AUGCCUGUAGCCACCGAAAAUAAAAGUGUGUUCAUUCAUAGCACGUCUCACUCAAGCUCACGUUGUCGGUCUCUACUUCUGCUAGACGAGAAGGUUAAUCUCGCAUCUUCGUGGUACCGUUCCGACGCUAUCUAUCAACUUGAGCGUCGAGCGAUCUUCUCUAAGAAAUGGCUCUUCCUCUGCCACAUAAACCGCUUUACCAAGACGGGAGAAUACGUCAGGUUCACGGUCGCUGGCUAUAAUUUCUUUGUUAUCAAGGAUCGCGAAGGCCAAAUCAACGCUUUCCACAACGUCUGCCGCCACCGCGCAUUUCCCAUCAUUGGCAGCAAGCAUGAGGGGGAGGCAGACCCUUUAACAGAGGCUGGCCAGGUUUCUGUGUUGGCUUGCAAAUUCCAUGGUUGGAGUUACACGAUGAAGGGCAAGCUCGCCAAAGCUCCCGGGUUCGACGAGGUCGAGGGCUUCGAUGGAUCCAAGAACAGUCUCUUUGAUAUCCGAACCCAUGUGGACAAGCUUGGCUAUUUGUAUGUCAACCUUGACACUUCUCCCAACUACAUCAAGUGGGAGGAACAAUUUGGUAACGUCGAUGAUCAGCCAAGAGUAAAAGGGUUCGACACGGAAAAAUACAAAUUCGCGUUCAGCUGGUCUUUUGAGAAUUGCCAAUACAACUGGAAGACUCUCGUUGAUAACUACAACGAAUGCUACCAUUGCAAGGUCGCUCAUCCGGGGAUAGCAAGCACUGUGGACCUGAAGACGUACUACGUCCAAGGUCAGCAUAGCUACGUCGCCCACUUCUCGCCCCCUAAACCGGAGAAUGCGGAGCGAGAGGACAACGGAUCUAUCGUCGCAACUUUCCUCUUCCCAUUUGCAUCGAUCACCCUCAUGCCUGCGUAUGCGUAUACCAUGCGGGUCGUCCCAAUAGAUGCUCACCGGACUGAGAUGCAAUAUGACGUUUAUCGGCACGUCGAUGCAACGGAUGAAGCUUUUGACGAGACCCACAAGUUCUUCGUUCAGGUCGAGAACGAGGACAAAUUUCUUUGCACUAACGCCCAGAAGAACAUGGAAGCUGGCAUCUACCAAAGUGGUCCCUUGCAUGACAGACAAGAGCGAGGCGUGCUGUACUUCCAGGGCCUCGUCAAAGAGGCGCUCACUUCUCACCGUGCGCUCGAAGAGGAGGCCGGUCGCGAGAUAUUCCCUGCGCUACCGGAUGGUGGGCUGACGAGCAAGGAAGACAUCUUCUGUUCCAAGCUCGAGUCCAAGUGCGGCCCUAACAAGGUGCUGGACUGGUGAAACUCCUGUGGCACUCGGUGGGAUCGGGUACGGAUGUAGGAGUACGGAAUGUCAGAUUGUUGUAUUAUGUACGAUUCGUGCACAAGGCAGGAUGGAAGCAGUC